AUGGACAGAGGCUGGUGUGCUGGCUACAUGUGUCAGGAGCGAAUCUCAACCUUCUUCUCAGUUGUGGCGACCGGGAUGACAUAUGAGAUGGCCAUGACCAGCACGCCCCCUCAGUCCAUCCUCCGAGGCUGUUGUCCUACGCAUCUUCUUCCAAAGCCUCAGCGUUAUGACAUCUAUGUGGAUAGUGUCUUUGUUCCCCCAGCCAACCUUAACAUCUCUGCAGCUGGCUACCAGCUGUUGCCUGAGGACCCCACCCACCCUCAGGCUUUCCUUCCCACACUGGACAAUGUAGUAGGGACCAAUUACUUCCAGCGUAGUGCCAAGCUGGUCCAUGUGGUGCUGCGCGGAGGCCACGUCCUUGACAUCAAGACCACUCCCGUGAUCACCCUCACCAGUGGCCUCAUGGUGAAGGAAGAUGAGUUUUAUGAGCAGAACCUUGUGAUGAAUCUGGCCAACCUGUUUGAGGUAUCCCCAGACAACAUCAGGGUCAUCAGUGUUAUGCGGGAGGACUCCAAGAGACAGCAGGGAAGGCUGGAGGCUGAGGUGGCCAGCAUUCCAACUACAAGCCUGAAUGGUGAGGGGGAGAAGGGAGCAACUGGCGGGGAGGUGAUUCCCUAUGAGAAGCUGGUGCAGAGUCUGGAAAAGGCCAUCAAUAGAUUCCAGGACGAAUCGUGCAGCAACUGUGCCUCUCUCUCGGUGAGUGACCCCAUCGAGCCACCACCCAAGGAAGCCCCUCCAAAAGCCACAGAGGAGGAAGGCACUGUUGUCAUUCCAGAUGUCGAACCGUUCUACAAGCAGCAGGAGAAGGAGGUGGCAGAGAAGAUCAAGGAGAGCCUGGCAGUGACAGAGUAUGUCGAGCCAUCCAGUAUAUUGGUGCUGAGUGGUGUGCCCAGCAGUGUGGUGCAGUACACAGUGUUUGAAAUGCAGCCGUCUGUCACUGUACUGGAUAAAGAGGGUGCACCCAUCAGUGACCUGGGCCACAAGAGUGAUCCCUGGCAGGUCACGGCUAGUUUGUCAGGAGCUCCGCCAGGUGCCAUCCUCAUUGGCACCACCACAGUUCCCUACAGGAACAGCACUGCCACCUUUACCGACCUGUCUGUCAGCAAGCCCGGGGAAGGGUACAACCUCUCUUUCACCAUCACCUUCCCCAGCUAUGCUCCAGUCCUCACUGCCACCCUGGUGGAGACCUUCAGCUCAACACAGAUGAGUGCAGCAAUGGUCCUGCAGCAGCCCAGCAUAGUGCAGGCCGGACAGCCCAUCGCCAUCACUGUUCAAUUUGUUGACGAGGAUUCUGGCUUGGUGCUGGAUGGCCAGGCCUUCAAGGGCCAGACAUUUGUGGGUGAACUGCUGGCAAAGACUGCUGAGGGACACUUUGAGGUUAUUCAGAGGUAUGCCAAGUGAGAAACAGAAGGGAAUAUUACAAGGAGGAGGUAGUAGACAUCUGCUGAAAUGAUUACUCCCAGUGAAGUCUAAAGCACUGGAUCAGGGAGUGCUGUGAACUUAUCAUUAAAUCCAGC